CGUGACGUAUGUGAAAAUCCGAGACGCUCGUUCUCUCUUUUCUGUUCAUCUGCUGGACGGUAAUGGCGGAGUACCGGGGAUCAUCGUCCAAAUGGGUUUUUACCCGGGAACAGCUCGAAAACACCCCGUCGCGCCGCAGCGGAGUGGAGCCAGACAGCGAACUGUCGUAUCGACAGCAAGCCGCGAAUCUUAUUAAGGACAUGGGCCGGAAACUAAAUGUUUCUCAACUCACAAUAAAUACUGCCAUUGUUUACAUGCACAGAUUUUAUAUGUACCACUCUUUCUCCAAGUUCAACAGAAAUACCAUCUCCCCAACGGCAUUAUUUCUGGCUGCAAAAGUUGAAGAGAAACCACAGAAACUCGAGCAUGUCAUUAAAGUAGCUCAUCUCUGUUUAAACCCCCAGGAGCCUCCGCUGGAUACAAACAGUAAUGCAUACCUCCAGCAAGCAGAAGAGCUGGUGAUACUUGAAACCAUAGUGCUGCAGACUUUAGGCUUUGAAAUAACAAUUGAACAUCCACACAUUGCUGUGGUGAAAUGUUCCCAGCUAGCACGAGCAAGCGAGUAUCUGGCACAGACUUCCUGUUUCUUGGCUACCAACAGUCUGCACCUCACCACAUUCUGCUUGCAGUACAAGCCCACAGUUAUCGCCUGCGUCUGCAUUCACCUGGCCUGUGACCUGUGGUCCAACUGGGAAAUCCCUGUUUCCACCGAUGGAAAGCACUGGUGGGAGUAUGUGGACAGCUCAGUUACACUUGAACUUCUUGAUGAACUGACCCAUGAGCUUCUGCAGAUAUUUGAGAAGACACCCAGCAGGUUGGAGAGAAUUCGUAACUGGAUAGCUACGCAAGCUGCUAAGAUGCCCAAAUCAGAUGGUCAGGCCUCAGACAGCAGCUCUUCAUUAACCCAGGACAUGUCCUUGAUGGAUGCCCUUCCUGGGGUUUCUACAAAUACAGGAUUCUCCAAAGCCUCUACGUCUUUCCCAGUGACCCUGCCAAGCAACUCAAACAGCAGUCUUUCUCUUGAUUCCAUUGCCAACAUGCAGGGAACUUCAUACACUUACACCGCCCCCAGUGACUGGCCUCAGGACCAAGUACACUCAGACCAGUGUUCCUUCAAACAACUUCCCCCACACAGUUCUAUGCAUCCACCCCGGCCUGACAAAUUUGCUGAGUUCAACUCAACUGCCAAACACGAACAUAAGGCUAGCAGCGGGGCGAAGCACCAGGCCUCGACCUAUCCACCACCUGCAGCAGCCACACAGAAGAUGUCUCUGGACAAAUACAGGGAGAAACACGCUGCUGAGCUGGCAGUGCAGAAACGCAGGCAAGAGCAGCAGAACGUGGAGAAGGAAGUCUAUGGUGCUCCAACACCGACAGAUCACCGGAAACACCUUCCCCAACUGUCUCACUGGCAGCAGGGAGCAGGAGCCACCACUGCCUCGCCCCUGAAGAUGAAGCUGCCCAUCUCUGGGCAGGACAAACGCGAGAAAGGGAGCUCUUUAAAACUGCGUCUUCUGGUCCUCUCCCAGAGCGAAAAGGAUGGCUCAAGUAAGGAGGAGCUAAAAAUGAAAAUAAAGGUGUCCUCUGAACGACACAGCUCCUCUGACGAGGGUGCUGCAAAGAGCAAAUAUUCUAGCCCGCUUGUGAGCAAGGAGAAACACAGAGACCACUCAGCCCAUCGUCACCAUCACAGACACAGCCACUCACACACGCACAUGCAUAGUGGCAAUGGCAGGAGCAACCUUGAGGUACCCGCAUCUGGUUCGGCCCUUCGGAGCCCAGUAGGUUCCAGUGGUGAUGGCACAAGCUCUGCUUCCAGUUCCUCACGCAAGCGGGUGAACCCCGAUGCCAGCCACAAUCACCACCCCGAAAAGAAUAAAAGCUCCAAAGGCGGUGCAGGUGGGCUACGGACAUCUCAGCACCCUAGUGAAACUGGACAGGAAACCAGUGUAGAGCCAUGGCCCUGAGGGUGCCAGCCUAUCUAAUGGCCAAAACACCAUCUACUAAGAUACUUUUGACAUGCUUGAUUCACUAUUAAGUGCCCAAGGAAUGGACUCCUGAUCUGAUAGGGAAGAGGAUAAAAUAUAAAAAAAAACAAGCAUAUAUUUCAUUAUAAGAGAAAGAAAAUAAAAAGGCUUCCCGAUCUUCUGGCAGUUCGGUUCAGUCUCGCCAUCUCUGUAUAACUGCUGCUUUCCUCAGUAUUCCUUCACUAGCAGUCUAUAUGUAUGUGUGAGCCAGUAUAGGAAUGUGAGGGCCAAUAUAGUGUUAAAAAAAAAAAAAAAACUAUUUUUCAUACUAAAAUUUUUGCUACAAUGAAAAUUUGUUGAACUGAAAGCACUCUUUAAAAUGACUGACGCUCUCAUUUUUUAAACAAAGUUAGUAGAAACAAAAGUUCCAUAGUUCCUUGAAUGUUUCUUUGUUUCUUUUCCCCUCAUCUGAUUCCAAUCUAAAUGAGCUGCAUGUCUAUAAUGAAAGGGACAAGAUAGUUGUUUACAGAUUGUGAAGAAAAUUUACAUACAUUCUCGUAUGUCAAAAGCUGUACCAUAACUUCUCAGGUUUGGAGCUGCUUGGAAAAUAUUUAUAUAUCAAUAUGGGGGUAGGGGGGAUUUUGUGACUCAGUGUUAGAAUCUAUGGCAUCUCUAGCGCAGCCUUCCAGUAAUAUGCUCUAGAGCUGGUGUUCCAUGUUGCUUUCAGGAGAGGGUUACCUGGCAUGUUGUCAUGAGGCCAUGCAAUUUGUACCUUUUUUGACCUGCAAGAUGAACUUAAGCUGGAUGCCAAAGGUUGUGCCUCAAAAAGUAUAGUUCUUUGAAGUUUACAUAACCUUCGCUGUGAAGUGCAUUUUAUAUAUUUCAUGGCUUGAAGCAGUAACCUAUUUGUGCAAGUCAGUAAAAAACGACCAGAAAUAUAGGUGGGUAAAAGAAGAUUGAUUUCAUUAUCACAGUGCUGACCCAAAUAGAUCUGGGCUUUCACAGGCUCUUAACAUUAUUUCUGAAUAUGAUGAAUGGUUUUGAUCAUUUGAUUUUGAUUCUUUUUGAGUGUGAAGCUAUUGGAAAAUGAGGCCAGCAUUGUUCACACCAUGAUUUUACUUUGGAUCACUGAAUUGCAGUUGGAUAAGGCAAGUGCAAACCCUGGCACUUAUUUUUAUUAUAUAUUUUUAUUAUAUUAUAUAUUUUUUUUGUCUUUUGCCAGUUUUAUUUAGAUUUUAUAAUAAAUUCCAUGUUUUCCACUACCUUAA